AGUGAUAGAUUAUUUUAGAUGUAAUGGAUAUAAUUUAUGAAAAGCCUUAAAAAUUAAAUACUCUCCAAUAGGAAUUGGAAGGUAAAAAGAUAAUUGCUUUUUAAUAUUUUUUAAUUAGAAAGAGUGGACUUAUGAAUAAAGGUUUUCUCAACCAGUUGACUAUAGAUUGAAAGCCUGAUGAUUCAUUUAAUUCAUAUUUCAGUUGAUGAAGAAACUAAAAAGAACUGGAAAAUAGCAAGAGUUUGAAUGUUCGUUGUAAUUGAAGAAGAUGAUUAAUGAUAUUAUAUAGUUAUAUUUAAGUGAAUAGAG